CCCGCCCCCGUUCCCCAGCAAUAACACCCUCACCUCCCCGGAAGGCCUCAGGGACUUCCCAAAGCUUUGACCCAGUGCCCCUUACUCUGCAGACCAAAACCACAACCAUGUCACUGCGAGACUGCCAGGCGUGGAAGGAUGCUGGUCUCCCGCUCUCAACCACAAGCAAUGAAGCCUGCAAGCUGUUUGAUGCCUCCCUGACCCAGUAUGUCAAGUGGACCAAUGACAAGAGUCUUGGUGGCAUCGAGGGCUGCCUGUCUAAGCUCAAGGCAGCAGAUCCAACCUUUGCCAUGGGUCAUGCCAUCUCUAAUGGCCUUGUGCUCAUUGGCACGGGAAGUUCCGUGAAGCUGGACAAGGACCUGGACCGGGCUGUGAAGACGAUGGUGGAGGUCUCCCAAACCCAGACUCUGACGCUUCGGGAGCAGCUGCAUGUGUCUGCGGUGGAGACGUUUGCCAAGGGGAAUUUGCCCAAAGCUUGUGAUCUCUGGGAACAGAUCCUUCGGGACCACCCAACAGACAUGUUGGCCCUGAAGUUUUCCCAUGAUGCCUACUUUUACCUGGGCCAACAGGAGCAGAUGCGGGAUUCUGUGGCUCGAGUUUACCCCUUUUGGAAACCUGACGUCCCUCUUAGCAGCUAUGUGAAAGGCAUCUAUUCUUUUGGACUGAUGGAAACCAACUUCUAUGACCAGGCACUAAAGCUUGCCAAAGAGGCUCUAUCUGUUGAGCCAACAGAUGCAUGGUCAGUGCACACUGUUGCCCACGUACAUGAGAUGAGAGCAGAGAUCAAGGACGGGCUGGAGUUCAUGAAGAACACCGAAGGCCACUGGAAGGAUUCUGAUAUGCUCGCUUGCCAUAAUUAUUGGCACUGGGCCCUGUACUUUAUUGAGAAGGGAGACUAUGAGGCUGCGCUAACCAUCUAUGACAGCCAUAUCCUCCCCAGCCUGCAGGCCAGUGGUACCAUGCUGGAUAUGGUGGACAGCUGCUCCAUGCUCUACCGUCUUCAGAUGGAAGGGGUGCCCCUUGGCCAGCGCUGGCAGGCUGUCCUACCAGUCACGAAGAAGCAUACCCGAGACCACAUCCUUCUGUUCAAUGACGCUCACUUCCUGAUGGCCUCCCUGGGUGCACGGGACCUCCAGACCACACAGGAGCUGCUGACCACCCUGCAGGAGGCCAGCAAGUCCCCCGGGGAGAACUGCCAGCACCAGUUGGCACAAGAUGUGGGGCUGCCCCUGUGCCAGGCCCUUGUGGAGGCUGAGAACGGGAACCCUGACCGAGCCCUAGAACUUCUCUUGCCAAUCCGCUACCGAAUUGUCCAGAUUGGGGGCAGCAAUGCUCAGAGAGACGUCUUCAACCAGCUGCUGAUUCAUGUGGCCAUCAACUGCACCUCCAGCGCCCAUAAGAAUGUGGCCCGCAGGCUGAACUUGACAAAGGGAGACAGCCAGUGCCACCCUUUUGUCCAGCCUCCUGCCACCCCAGCCUACUUCCCAUUUUAGCCAUGCUGAAGUACACAGACAGCCAGUACAUCUGCUCUCAGGUCUUUGCAUGUGCUGUGCCCUCUGCCUGGGACAUUUUUUUUUCCUUGUCUGUUCUUUUAGGCCUCAGCUCUCAGUCAUUUCCAACCUUCCUGGGCUGGGGGUGGGAUGCAGUACUGAGCAGGUGGGUGUGAGGACCCUAUGAGAAAACCAGCUCAUCACCAGUUCAUCUGGACAGUCCCAUAACUGGUUAGGAGCAGAGGAUGAUGGUGGAUCUGGUGAGGGGGUGGAGGAGCAGAGGGGUGUCCCGUGGAGGUGUGGAGGGAGACUAAAUGUCCAGUGCACUUAGCCAGUGAGCCUGGUUAGGAGAGAAAGCCAUUGCCUAGAAGCUAGGGGUGUUUGGAGGAACUCCUACAGCCCUAACCAUUAUUUUUCCUGUCCCUGGCUCACCCCUACCCUGCCAAGGAGAGGGCCCCUGGGUCCCUGUCCUGUGAGAAGAGGUCUAGGCAGGUGCCUUGGCCAUUGAGCCAGAACCCAGCAGUGCAGGUGAUGGCUGGGAACAUUCGAACUACUCUGAACUCAGAAAUGCCAUGGACACAUGUCCCUGUUUAUGUCACUCCAUGUCCAUGUGCAAAAGCCAUACGUGAUGUGUAGUGGCUGAGUGCCCGGGGGACCUGCUGUAGGUAAGAGGUGGGGCCUGUGGUCACAGCUAGGGGGAUGUGGGCUGUGUGGACAGAGGAGCUGGCUGAGGGUUCAGCUGAGGCAGAUUCUAGGGUGCAGUGUGGCCCACCUGGAGUAGAUGCCAUGCAUCUGGUCCUGCCCAGGAGAGGUGAGGUAGUGUAGGGGAGAGAGGUGGCACAGCUGCCUGGGAAGACCCUGCAGGGUGGAGCAUUCCUUCAAGUGCCCACCCCCCCCCUGCAGCCCAGCCCCUUCACAGGCAAAAGCCCUCUACUGUGGUUUGGGUGGUUUGCGUAUGGACCCCCGGGUUCCAUAUGCUAGACAUGGGUUCUCCAGUUUGGAAGUGUUAAGAAGGGGAAGAGAGUUGAGAGAUGAGAACUCCUAGAAUGGGGUUCUGGGGCCCCAUCCUCAGAAGAUAUUAAAGUAGUUCUCAAGGAUCCCUAAUUAGUACUCUCCACAGGAGAAUGUUACAGAGCACAGUCCCUCAUUUGCUUUGCCUCUUCUGCAUUCUGCCCUUUGCCUUUCUGCCUCUCUUCCUUGUUUUCCCAACCAAACAGCCUUAUCUGGAGUCAGAUAAAGGCCUAUGCUUUGUACUUCCAGUCUCUGAAACCUAGCCAAAUAAAACUUUUAAUUAUACAAAGUG